AUGCAUCACUCACCGACUAUCCAUUUUCAAUGCACAACAACUAUGAUUCCUUCACUAGUAGAGAACUGUUGCCAAUCAAAUGCACAAAUUUGUCACUUGAAUGGAAAUGGUCGCAUGAUGGUUGAAGGUGGAGCGGCAGAGGAAUGCAAGAAGUUCUCCGAUGCAGCAAGUGUUGAUAUAUGUGAAAUGCUUCUGCAUAAUACACCACUCAAGUUUAAAUGGCGCUAUUUCAUGUUGCUUGAACAUCAAGCAGAAGUUAGUCUAAUCCAUCUCAAUCGACCACAAAGGUUGAUUGUUCAAACCGGUUCCAUUUCGCCUAAAACUCGAGAACACAAUUAUUCUUCACAAAUUUUAUUGUUUUAUUCAUAA